CUAUGGUAAUCCACUUGUUGGUUAUAAUUUAAACAAUUAUCUGAAGUAAUGUAACAAAAAGAGCAUUAUGUUUUGCUUCAUUGGGAAAGGUGCCUCAAAGAACUUCAGUUUUUAUUAUUGUUUUGUUUUGCUGCUUUCCAUUUUGCCUUCAAGUUUACAGACAUGUUCGCCAUGUCCUACAGAGUGCACUUGUACAGAAAGAAUACUGCCCCAGCGUCAAGGCAUAAUGGUCAAUUCAUGUGAAGUGAACUGUACUGAUGUAAAUUUCAACCGGUUUCCUGAUGUUGGUACACUACCAAACUUCAUAUCAUGGGUCUACAUGGACAAUAACAGUUUUACAUCAUUGAUAUUGUCAAUAGAAAGAAAAAGAAUUCUGGAAAUAUCAUUCAAUAACAAUCUUAUAAAAACAUUGACCGCUUCAAGUUUUUCUGGAUAUACGAGAUUGGAAAAAAUAGAUUUAUCGCACAACCUGAUUGAAUCAAUUCCAUCAGAUUGUUUCGACCAAACACCAGCAUUGGAGGAAGUAAAUCUAAGUGGAAACUUGUUAAAAGUCUUGCCAGAAGAUUUACUUUCAUUACCAACAUUAACAGACUUGUGGUUGUCAGCAAAUUCAUGGGUUUGCAAUUGUGAAUUAAAGUCUCUCCAAACCUGGAUGUUAGCCAACAGUGAUAAAAUUCCAGAUAUUUCACAAACUACUUGUGAUAAUCCAUUAUCAGUAAAAGGACAAAAUUUGACGUCUGUUAAUUUAACAAUUGCAAGAUGUGCUGAUUCAUUUAUCUCAUGUGCGUGGGAUUUUGACAAUUCUCAGACUGAUUUUAUUGUUUGGGAAUAUACUGAUGUGAACGAAACAAAGAUAUACGAUGAUGAUAUGUGCAUUGCGUUUUGCUUCUCUCACGGAUAUUAUUAUGCUGUUGUUAAUGUGCUUGAUUCAUCUUGCUUGUGUGCAAGUAAAGAUACAGCGAAAAAAAUCGUCAACUCAAACAGCAGCGAAUGGGCAGCUUGUUUUCAAGCUUGUGGACAAACUAAACCUGUUGAAGCAUGUGGAAGAAAGGGACUAUACAACUCUGUGUUCCGUGCUUCACCUGAACUCACAUUUGUUGGGCUGAGACCAUUUUCUCAGAGAGAGGAGGUUGUUUUGACUGUGGUUCCCAAGAUAGACAUUGUGUAUUCUUACAUGUGGAAUUUUAAUGACUCAAGUUCUAUGGUUCUUACUGAGGACAGAACUGUGAGACACAAAUUUGCAUACCCAGGAAACUACUGGGUGUCAGUUACUGCGCAAACUGGUGCAGGAAGCACAACGUACAGUUUGUUUGUAAUUGUUGAAGAACCAGUAAGUGAAGUCUUUCUUACCUGUGAUAAUGAAGUAAGUCCUGGUAAGUUACCAUCUAUCAACAUUACACUGGAUCACGGAACAAAUUCUUUCAUUUCAUGGUCAUUGAUGAAUAAUGGAACCAAAGUUAAUGAUUGGACAGUUUGCCCGGCAGGAUCAAUAAAGUACUCCGCUAAGAAAACAUGUUAUAAAUCAUAUGAUUCGGAAAAAUCAUGGAGUGAUGCACGUGAUGCUUGUCUUCGUGAAGGAGGAGAUCUCGUUGUGAUUGAGUCUGCAGCUGUGGAACUUUUUCUAAGCACACAUGUUUUAAAAUCUCGGACUUAUUGGAUUGGGAUAAGUGACACUUAUUACACACCUUCCAACAAGUUUGUUAAGUUACGAAACAACUUUAUUCACGUCAAUGGUAGAAGUGUCUACAAUGAAUAUGAAAAUUGGGAUACAAAUGAACCAGAUACUAUGCUAACUACAGAAGCACCCAAGGAAUGUGUUGCAAUGAAUGUAAGCAGAAAAUGGUCAACAGCAAAAUGUGACGAUCCUCAUUCUUACAUUUGUCAGUAUUCGUCACAAGUUGAACUUUCAUCACCAAAGCAUCAGUUAGCUGGAACAGUUGUGUUUGAAAGUACUUACCCAACCGUGACAAAUGUCACUGCAACAAGCAUCGCUCCCAGUAUAAAAAUUAAGCAUGUGAUUUUGUUUCCUGGUAUGUGGACUUUUGAUGAAGGAUUCAUAAACUCAUGGGAAGUUGUUGCUAAAGCUGCUUCAUCUGCAGCUGUUGAAUUACGAUUCCAAAUUUAUCGACCAAAAUGUAAUACAGCACAACAUCUUCAAAUGCCAGGUUGCUCAUCCUCCAUGCCAUAUGCAGCUUGUGGCACCAGCACUUGUUCACCAACCAUCAAACAAUGUCCUUCUGGACAACAAUUUUGUUGCCUUACUAAUAAAUGCCAGUCUCCAUACACAUCAUGCAAUUAUUAUAAUGAUGAAAGUUCAUCAAGACCUGCUAGACAUUCGUCCAACAUUCCCAACUACCAUCUUGUUGCUGAAUAUCCGAUUCAAAUAUCGGGAACUGCUGAACAAUUGUAUCAGCUUUCAGUUACUGAUGAGCUACAUGUGGAAUCAGGUGAUGUGAUUGGAAUUAUGUUUACAAGUGAACUAGCUGCAGCUCCCUUUAUACCUACAUUGGCUAAUCUACCAAUAGUUUGUAAGAACAGUUCCCUCAGCAGUUGGAGUCAAAGUGCCAUGUUCUUCAGUUCUACAAGAUCCCAAACUAAAAUACUUAACGCAAGUCUAACAUAUGAUUGGUUGGAUUAUUUAUGGUGUGAUGUGAGACUUCAUUACACCAAACCAUCAACUCCACACACAGCUUCAUCUACAUUCCUUAUACAGGAGACACCAGGAGAAUAUACAUUCACUGCGAUGGUAAAUAACCAAGUAUCAUUGAUUGGCAACCCUGGUGACAAUUCAUCUUGUACAGUCACUGUGCUCGAUGAAAUAAGGGAAGUUAAACUUCUAAGUUCGCUUACUACCAAAACAGAAUCAGGAGAACUUGUUGUUUUUGUUGCACGAGGUGAAAAUGUAACUUUUACAUUUCAAGUUGUUGGUGGGGGUGACAACACAGUCGCUAAUUGGACUACAAGCAAUACAGACAGAGGCAUAUCUGUUGCUAAAAAUCAAACUUUGGAAUCUGGAUGUCCGACCGGAGUUGAAUUGAACACAACUGAUUGCACAAGACUUUCUACUUCAGUUUUGAAAUUUGAUGAAAUAGGAAAUUCAUCAGUAGUGGUCACAGCAGCCAACACAAUCAGUAGAUCAAGGAUUGAAGUGAAAGUUGUUACUCAAGAAGUUAUAACUGGUGCUCAGAUAUUACCAACUGGUGUUAACCGGAUUUUAGCACAAAUACCACUGGAGUUUACCUCAAGUUACACAACAGGAUCUGAUGUAACAACUUCGUGGGUAGUUGAUGGCUUGGUGGAUAAUAAAGUUGCCAAGUCAACUUUUCUGGUGUUGUUUAGAAAAACUGGAAACUAUGAUCUAAUGAUGAUUCUUUCAAAUGAAGUAAGCACACAGAAUGUAUCGACCACAUUCCAAAUUGACCUCAUGAACAAACUGACCGAUGAAAAACUUUUAAAUUCUCCAACCAAUGUUGAACUUAAUCAAGCAACUAUUUUCAAUAUUUCUUUCUCCGUGGAUAAAAACAUAGAUGUGAAUGUAACAUGGACCAUUGAUGGUGUAGAAGAAGCUAUUCAUAAAUACUUACAACCACAUAGUGGUUCCAUACCACACCCAAAUAUGAUUGAACUUGAAGAUAGUUUGAACAAAACCUUUGCUAUAGUUGGACAAGUUCAAAUGAGGGUUACAAUUUCCAAUGAAUAUGACUCAGUUGAAUUAACUCAUAGUUUUCAUGUAAAAGCAAAAAUCAUUUCACUUGAGUUGUCACUUGCUAACCAACCUGCUGUAAAUGAGGAAAUUGAGUUGAUCACAACAAUUCAACCUUCCCCUUAUGAAACCAAUCGGGAGUUUGAUUGGGAUGAUGGGACUUCCCCUUCAGCGGCCCCAAAACACACAUAUACCACUUCUGGUGAAUAUAAUGUCACCGUUAAAGUUGAGAAUGGUAUAAGCAGCAUGAAGGCUUGGAAAGUUAUCACAGUCUAUGAAAGAAUCACCCAACUCACAGCUUGGUCUGAUGAGCCAACAGAAUUUACACAAACAACAACUGUUUCUGCAAGUGUGGUGACCGGCAACGGAACAACUUUAUUUCUUUCUUAUGAUUUCGGUGAUAAUUCUCCAGUUGCGGAAAACCAAACUCAGUGGAAUUAUAUUCACACAUAUUCAAGCACUGGCAUUUUUCACGUCACUAUAACUGCAACAAAUCCAAUCAAUUCACUCAAUACAACCCUUGAGGUUAAUGUUUUCCAAUUAGAAAUUGUUUCAGUAAAUACUUCCACAUGCUUUAAAAUGGAUGACUUGUCAAUCUUGCAUGUUGUCAUGCCAACAAGCAGUUACGACUUGUUUACAUUUGAAUGGGAUUUUGGAGAUGGUUCAUCCAGUGUGAAUGUGAGCAAGAACAACACAGCUACCCACAUUUACUCUGUUGCUAAUAUUUACUCUGGAUCUGUGACUGUGAACAGCAUUCGAACUUCUAACCAUGAUACUAAAAUGUUCAAUGUAUGUGUGCAAGAAGAAGUCAAAAGUGUUUUGAUUAACACUGUAAAUCAAGCUGUAGCUACAGGUUCAGUCCAUGAGUUUACAUUUACUGUCACUGGUGGCACAGAUGCAAAGUAUGUACUUUACUUUGGUGAUGGUAACAAUACCACACUGUCUACUUUAUCUGCCUCAGUCAGCCACACAUACAAUCAAGCGGGUGAUUACUUUGUUAUAUUGAAUGCACAGAACUUAGUGAGUAACAUGAAUGGUACAGUUACGGCAACUGUACAAGAUCCAAUAUCAGGCUUGGACCUUACAACAAGUUCUGAGUAUGGAUUUAAAAUCGCUCUCGGUCACACUGUGACUUACACUGCAACUUCUUCUGGUUCCAAUGUUACUUAUACUUGGACAUUUGGUGACGGAUCUCUAGCUAAAACUGGCAACCCAGUCCAACAUAUAUACAACGGGACAAUUGAUAACUUCGUAAUGACGGUAACUGCUACCAAUUUGAUUGACAGAAAAUUUAAGGAAACAUCCAUUGCUGUUUAUCAUCCUGUGUUUGGAUUUGAAAUUCAACCGUUACCAUCAAUAGUGGUUGUUGGAACAACUAUCAACUUUAACUUAACUUCAAAUCAAGUUUACGACUUUUAUUGGAAGAUAACGCCAAGUUUAAAAUCAAUCCAUGAAUGGGAUGGAACAGGAAAAUCAAUCUCACAAGAAUUUCUACAAUCUGGAGAAUAUACCGUGGUUUUGAAAGCUGAAAACAUUGUAAGCUCUGAGAAUCGCUCAGCUCAAUUUCUUGUCGCUGAUCCGAUAUCCAGCAUCUCUAUUGCAUCAGAUGAUCCUUCAUCAUUCUACUCAACUUCUCCUCCCAACUACAUUGCUGAAAAUGAGGUUACUUAUUUUCAAGCACUGCUUGAUAACGCGGCAAGUGUGCUUACCACAGUCCAUGGUCAAGCACAGUUUGUGUUUUAUGAAUGGAGAAUUACAAUGGAAGGCAACGCCACUUUCUUAGAAGAGUUUACUGAUGUUUCGAAAAUCAAUUAUACUUUCCCAAACAAUGCAUUGUACUAUGUGUGGGUAAAUGUCUCCAAUACUGUCACAACUCAAACCCAGAAAAUUACAUUAAAUGUCAUACAAAGAAUCGCUGGUGUGCAGAUUACCAAGGAAGGGUCUGGUCCACCGGACUCUAUUGUUACUGGAACUCAAUUAAAACUUCGGGGCUCCGUUAGUAGCGGUUCAUCGGUCUCAUACACAUGGAGAGCAUUUGAUGGCGACAACCCAAAGGAUUAUCAUAAUGAUGAGUUUGAACACACAUACACGAUACCUGGGAUGUACAAAGUGUUGGUUGAUGUCGAAAAUCCACUCAAUCAAAUUUCUGUCAGUUUCACCCUUUAUGUGGAAGAUGAAAUUACCGGUUUGCAAGUAGAACACAUAGACCCAAUUGUGCCGUUCUAUGUGGCUUAUGGAACUGACACACUUUUUAAAGCAAAUGUUUCAACUGGUACUGGUGUGUUAUAUUACUGGCAGUAUACGGAAACAGUCACUGGUGUUAAAUCUGAUUUGAGAAUUAUAGAAAGAAAUCUACUUUACUGGAAUUUUACGGGGGGCAAUGACACAGUGUACACUUUGUCUGUUAAUGCAAGUAACAAAGUAAGUUGGGACCAGAAAGAUACAACAGUGUAUGUAAUAUCUCCCGUGUUGGAUUUGCUUGUUAACAUAACUGUGGAUAAUCAGCAAAGAAAUAUUGUGUCAACUAAUCAUGGUUUGAUGGUUGAUGCAACUGUCUCAAGUGGCAGCGAAGUUCAUUUUUUGUAUAAUUUUGGAGACUCUGUAACCAGUGUAGAAGGUGUACGUCUAACAUCAACAAGCAGCCAAGCUUCACAUGUAUUUGCCUAUAGUGGAGUUUAUGAAGUCCAAGUUAUAGCAUCGAACAACGCAACCUCAUUACAACAUACACAGGUUGUCUAUGUUAGAGAUCCAAUCAGUGGUCUUGAUAUUAAUGGCUUAACUCAGAAUCAAUAUCUUCGUAAUGAUGAAGAUUACACGUUCAGCGCAAUCAUAACUUCUGGAACUAACGUUACAUUUUCAUGGAAAAUAAUCAACUCUGAUGCAAGCAGUGUUGACAGAACCGGCGACACUUUAACUUUUAAAUUUUCUGUGGUUGGCAACACUGAGAUUCGAUUAAUUGCAGAUAAUGCUGUCAACAUAACAUCAAAAAGUAUUUUUGUUAUGAUUCGUCAACCACCAACAGCAAGCAUCACAUUAUUAACACAAGGCGACAUAUUUACCGAUCAAAAUUUCCUAAUUGAAGUUGCAACCACUGGUACCAAUGUACUUCAUGAUAUUGACUUCAAAGAUGGGGUAACUGAAGUGCAAUCCAACAAAACCAUACACACACAUCAAUAUGCAACUUCUGGUACAUACAAUAUCACUGUGCGUGCUUAUAAUAAAGCUGCGGAUGUUAUUAAAUCCAUGAUCAUAUUUGUUGGAAAGCUGGCAUGUGGAAAACCAACCUUAAGCAUUGCUGCGGAUGGUGAACCUGUGUUUUACAGAUCACGUAUGUUGUAUCUGGAGACACGGAUUACAACUGAUGGUUGUACAGCAUAUGACGUACAGUAUGUAUGGACCAUACACCAACAGCUAACAUGCCAUGACUUAACUGAUUCAACCAAAGUGAAUACUGAGAGCUUGGACGCAGACACCCCUUUACUCACACUACCAGCAUUAACAUUAGAAGUUGGUGAUUAUUGUGUGACAUGCAGCGUGUCGUAUAAAAAUACUCCACUUACUGAUUCACAAGUCAUUAAAAUACGGAUGUUACCAACACCAUUGGUGGUUGUAAUAUCAGGUGGAACUUACCGAUUCAUGUCAACAAAUGUGAAACUAGAUGCUAGCUCUUCGUUUGACCCAGAUUAUGACCCAAACUCACUUGACCAGUCAGUGAUCACAUACGAGUGGAGUUGCUCAAGCAAGCCUGCAAAGUUGGAAGAUAUUCAGUGUGGGUCUGCAGUAACAAAUAGUGAUGACAACUGCUUUACGACUAUGCAUGGUCCAACAAUUGAGUUCAACAACGCUGUUCCGAGAAGGGAAUAUAACUUCACUGUUGUGGCAAAUAAGACAGGAAAAAUAAAAGUUUCAUCAUGGCAAAGUGUUACUAUUGUGGGGUGUACGAUACCAACAGUGAAAGUGACUUGUAACUCUUGUUUGAAGCAAUCAAGUAUUCAGAUCAGUUCAUCUCAUCAUCUCGUGUUGUCAGGAUUAUGUGAAACUUGCAGCAACAGAAAAGAUGACUUGGAAUAUCAUUGGGAAGCAUUUCGUCGUAAUGCAACUGAUGUGACAUCAACUCCUUUCCUUCUUAACAAACUUACAACAACAACUGGUUCAAGUGGGAGGUACUUGGUGGUUCGAGUGGGAGCAAUUCAAUCUUAUUAUGAAUAUGAGUUCAAACUUACGAUUAAAGUGAACGGUGUUAAAGGAUAUUCCAAACUCAUCCUGUACGCCAACAAACCCCCAGUUAACGGGGUGUGUAACAUCAACUUCUCUGGUGAUCAAAUAUAUGUACUUGAUACUCUUGUGCAAUUUGAAUGCACUGGUUGGGAAGAUGAAGAUAUAUCACCACUCAUAUACACCAUACUUGCUAUCAGAUAUAAUGAAGGGGUGAAAGUGGAUGACUUUGUUAUUUAUAAAGGAACAUUAUCUACAUAUGAGGCGUACCUUCCACUUGGAUAUAAAACAAACGAAUACGACAUUGUCAUCGAGAUUCGUGUGGAAGAUGAAUUAGGAACUUACACGGUUGGAAUCAGCAAAGUUCUCAACGUGAAGUUACCUGUUGAUGCAAAGAGCAACACAGUUGGAUGGCUGGUUAAUAAAACCAGUGAUGAACUAUUGGAGUUGAAAAAAUCAAGCAACCCACAAGUUGUUGCUGAUUUUGCAGCUGGACUUAUCACUGUAUUAAACCAGGAAUCCGACAACCAAGGUCACAGUACAGUAGACUCUGAAUUCCAACUACGUAAAGAGAUUCGUCAAAAUAUUACAGAGACCGUUAUUUCCCUGUCCACUAAUACAUUAGAUGAAAUCAAACAAGUUACAACCGUAUUCAAGCAAUGUGUGCAAGUAGCAUCGGAAAUGCAAGAUAAUGAAUUACAAGUUGCAAGCAUUGAAAAACUUGAACAACUCACAAGUCAGAUGCCUGAAUAUGUUGAAUCUGCAAGUCAGACUUUAUUUUAUUCUGUGACAACCAACCUUAUGGGGAUCGUCAGUUCCAUGGUUGAUUCAGCCAACUAUCAUGUAUAUGUAACUGGUGAAGCUUCAUCUGGUGACCUUGAAGCAGACACAUCAGUUAUGAGCACCGAUCCCACAUUAAGCGCUGAUUACCGGAAAACAUUGGUGAACAGGUUGCUUGACUCAGCUGUUCAACUUAACCAGAAUAUAUUGGAUGGGAAAGUAGAAGGGGAAGAGCCCGUGUUUAUCAACGCAUCAGCUCUUUCAUCUGUGAGUGCGCGUACCACACCUGCUACCAUGAACAGCACUGUAAUGAACAAUGGUUGCCACAUGUCACUGCCACAUUACAUCUUCUCUGAUCUGGAUGCUGAUACUGAGAUACUUUAUAUGUUCUUUGUAGCUGAACAGAACCCGUUUACAUUUGGAUUUCUCACAACUUCAUUAUCAAGUGACAGCAGGAUUGCGAACAUUUCAACUAGAGUUCCCUCUCUUCAGUUCAGCUACCAUAACAACGAUAAAAUUGAACCACUUGAAGUAAAGAACUUGGCUGGAGUUGGAGAUUCUUCUAUAGUUGGUUCAGUGAUUCCUGACAGUCAAUUGAUUCGAAUGGUGAUGGCUCCAAGUAACAGACAGUUCAUUCCUAAUGAUGAUACAAGCGAGAUUGCUACUCUCUCAAACAGCACCAACUAUUCUCCGAGGAAAGGAGUUUCUUUUGUUGAAGAAAGUUUACCAAGUUUAAAAUCUGUUAAAGUGACAAUCACCAAUAACAACACAGACCCUUACACUGCAGUUCAUAUCAUGGUUGUGUUUGAUAAAGAAACAUUUUCAACCAAAACUGAACCAAAUCCAUAUAUUGAUGUUUUUUUUGACUUCACUCCUUCACCAACUGCGGAGAAAUACAACAAACAUUUAAGAUUGACUGAAAAUCUUGUUUCAUCUCAAAGUGACCAUAGAAACUACACAAUAUAUUUGAACCCUGCUAACGCAACAAACUUGCUUCCCAAUUAUUAUCUCAACAUCAGCAGUUACUUUGAACACCAUACUGUUAAAGUUGGAGUUGGUGUUUACUACAGCUCGUGCCAAUACUUUGACAAUGAUACUGAGAAAUGGAGUAUAAGUGGAUUACGAACAUCCGACCAAACCGUUCCAUCUGCUGCUGUUUGUCUCUCAGCUCAUUUAACAGCAUUUGGAUCUUUUGUAAUAAGUCCUCCUAAUAUUGUGGAUAUCAAUUCUAUAGCUGAUGUUGAUUUUAGAUUAAAUCCAAUCGCACUCAUUGUUGUGAUAGUUGUAUUUGUUGUUUAUAUACUUGGUGCAAUGUGGGCACGUAAGUUGGAUUUAAAAGAUAUUGAAAAUGCAAGUUUGAUUCCUUUAUGUGGCCACAAUGGAAGUCAUAAAUAUGAAAUAACUAUCAAGACAUCACCCGGCAUCGGGAGUGGAACCACAGCAAACGUUGGAAUAUGUUUGUACGGAUAUGAAUCACGCACUGGUUCAAAACAUCUUUAUAAGAAAGGUUCAUUUGAAAGAGGUUCUGUAGACGUGUUUCAAGUUGCAUCGGACACAAGUUUGGGAACACUUUAUAAAAUCAAGAUAUGGCAUGAUAAUACAGGUAUUGACCCUGGUUGGAACUUGAGCAGAGUUAUGGUAAAGGAUUUACAAAAUGGUGAAAAAUAUUAUUUCCUGGUUGACAGUUGGUUGCAAGUUUAUCCUAAUGAUGAGGAUGCUACUUGUCUCGCUAGAACUAUCAGAGUUGCAACUGAAGAAGAAAUGGAAGAUUUCUCGUAUUUAUUUGGCAACCAGAUGUCGUAUGGAUGGGAGGAUGCCCAUUUGUGGUUGUCACUUAUUGAACGACCACAGCGUAGUCGUUUCACGCUCGUGCAACGACUCACAUGUUGUGUGACUCUGUUAUAUUCGUUCAUGGUGGCGAGCGCAUUUUGGUUUCAAAAUUUUGACGGUGAUUCUGGUUUGGUGGAAGAUGUUUAUUUCAGAUGGUCGGAUAUUGCAGUUGGAGCAAUCGUCAGUCUCAUGAUAUUUCCCGUCAACAUUAUAUUGGUGACACUGUUUAAACACACAAAGUCAAAGGUAUCUGCAAUCAAACCAUGGCCAGAUCGAACACAGACGGCACAAACCGUUGAAAUUCUUGAUGAAAUAUUAGACGGUCGUAGCAAGGGUGGUACAAGUGGAAAGAUUGAAAUAUUUGACGGACAAUCUCGGUUUGGAUCAAUUGUUACACUGCCUGGACAAAGUGAAGAUGGAAUAACAGAUUCACAAACCGAUCUUGGAAGCAGAAAGACAGGGGGUCUUCAUAAAACUUCUGGUACUUUAAAAUCUCUUGAUAUAAAGGACAAGUUUUGGUUGGCGGCUGGAGAUGAAACAGAUGACACUGGUUUCGGUUCUAAAGGAAGUUCCCCCACACAGCUAAUAACAGACACUGAUACAUCGAGUGUGGAUCUUAAACAUGGGACAACAACAAAUCUUCCGUUAUACAAUGCGGAUGCCUCUGAUAGUGAUGACGACUUUUGGGAUCCGUUUCUUAACGAACAAUUUGAAGAAUAUUCUGAAACUGGAACUACAAGAACAAAUCUGCGACGAACUCGAAAAGCAAAAUUUACCGCGGAGGAUGAUCUUGAGUUGGAAGAUGUGGAAGAUGAUGUUGAUCCUAAAGAGGAGGAUUACGACAGUGAUGAUGUUCCUCUUCCGGAUAUGAGGAAUACUCACAGCAGAAGAGUUUAUUUGAGAUCACGAGCUUCCACAACACUUGGUUUAAAUUCAGAAAAUGAAAACCAGUUCUUGUUGCCACACUGGACUGUUUACUUCACUUACUUCUUAUGCUUCUCUAUCUGGGUGGUUUCCAUCUUCUUCAUCAUAUUAUACGUGCAUGCGUUUGGUGUGACAGUUGCACAGAGAUGGCUCCUCACGAUGUUCAUUGCUUUAUUGGAAAGUUUUUUCCUCAUUGAACCAACCAAGGUGUUGAUAUUAGCAGCAUAUAUUGCUAUGUUCAAACGCAAGCAUGCUCCUGAAGAAAACGAUAAUUUGGUGGAAGAUCCUCUUGUUGAAACAUAUGAACAUGUCAAGGACAACAACAAAGUUCGACCUCCACGAGGAUUUGCAUUGGAACAUUGUAAAUUAAAUGCAAAGAAAUCAUACAGAUCUCGCAAACUGCUUGUUAUGCUCACACUGCAUGGUUUGUUCUUAUGGGCGGUGAUGGCUUUCUGUGUGUGGGAUCGUGACAACUCGUCUUAUCUUUCAUCAUGGUCGAUUAAGAAAGCUUUAUAUGAAAAGCCAAUGACAAAAUAUGGUGUUCAAGAUAAUCAGACAAUGACAUUUGAUAACAUAAGAACAUUAAGUGAGGUUUGGGGGUGGAUGGAGCAAGUGAUGUCACCACUGUUGUUUGAAGAUACUUUGGACAAUUCUAUCAAUCAAAACCAUUUGCUUGGUAACGUUCGAAUACGACAACAAAGAAGUAUUCCAAGAACAUGUACAAUAGCUGGAAAUAAUGAGUUAAACCCACUUCUACCAAAUCAAAACUGUUUACCACCAAAUCAAUGGAGACUUGAUGAGAAGACGUAUUACCCCGGGUGGAAGAACUCACCCACAUUACAGAACGCAACAUGGGUGUUCGAAGUACCCUGUUUUACUGGGAUUGGUUACUGGGGGCAAGAACAAAUCUAUGAUGAUUCCGGAUAUUCAAAAUACAUUGAUGGAAGUAUGUAUAAAAACCAACUGCAGUCGAUGCAAGAAGAUAGUUGGAUCGACCGAUACACGAGAGUUUGUAUGGUUGAGUUCACAAUGCUUAACCCAGCAAGUCAAUGGUUUACUGUUACAACUGUAAUGUUUGAAAUUGGUUCAACAGGCGCAGUACGUCCAUCACAUAUCACACAAACUAUAAGACUAUUCACACCAAGCUCAUAUUUCACAUUGGAUAUGUUGUUCAUUAGUUUUAUCGGAGUACUUGGCUUUAUGUUCUGGGUUUAUGAAAUUGUUAAAAUUCUUCACCAUAAACAAAAUAUUUCGGUGUACGCUAAAAAACCAACAAACUGGAUGAACAAUUUGGUCAACCUUUUAACCUUACUCUUGUGCUGCGUGUUUGUGUACAAGCAAAUAUACAUGGAUGAACUGAUGAAACGUUACAAGAGCAAUAGAAGUGACUUCACCAACUUCUAUAAGAUGGCAUUUUUGUCAAACCUCGUAACAUACAUAGCUACCAUACUGCUGACUAUUCUGCUUAUAAAGCUAACAAGAUUGAUUCGAUUUAUAAAACGUUGGUCUGUGUUUGGUGACACGAUAUAUUGCGCUUGUAAACAUGUGUUGGGCACCGCAAUCAUGUUGCUUGUUCUUAUGGUUGGAUAUGCUUUGUUUGGCUAUUUGAUUUUUGGUUUAAACUCCAUUGCUGUGGUGAAAGAUUUCCGAAACUUCCAAAACAGUUUGUAUUCAAUGUUUCGUGCCUUGCGAGGGACACUCGAUACACAGUUGUGCUUCCAUGUCAACCCUGCUUUCUCAAUCUGCUUCUUUUUCUCCUUUUAUUUCUGUGUGUUCCUUAUAUUUUGCAGACUAUUUUCUGCCAUUUAUAUACAAGAAUACAAAGAUGCAAAGUUUAAACUACGUCGCGUUCCAUUGAACAUUCCUGAUUAUGAAAUGAUUCCUUACAUGUUUCAACGACUUAAACUCAGACUGGGGAUUACUAAACCUAAGCAAUAUCGACCUACAGUUCGAUUUGAAGGCAUGUCAACUCCUUCAUCUCGUGGAUCCUUUCUUUCAACUGAUUCAUUCGGAACUUGCUUCACUGCAGGAAGGUUAUCAGAGUGUUCCGAUGGAUCAGGUAUAUCACUGGCAUCAUCAGAUUCUGGGUUAGGAACUCCAUCUGGACAUUCGUUGUCUUUGUUUGACUACCUCACAUUAGAGCAUCCACCUUAUGAGAAACCAAUGGAUAGCAUCCAUCUUGAUUAUUUGUACAACCGACUAUCAUCUUACUCGGUUGACAUGAUGCUUGUAAGGUUUCAAAGGUUGAAUAAAAUUAGUGAUGAUGUUUGGAAUAUUGAGAAGACAUUGUUAGAGAUCACACAGAAAGAUGCUCACCGUAAUUUGCUUCAACAAAAAUCGAGUGAAAUUGCUGCUGCUGCAUCUACACCUGGAUCUGUUUUAUCGCAAACCACGACUGCUGGUUCAAGCAGAUCAAGUACAUCAAACAGGGGAAGAGAAUCAAACAGCAGAAGUUUGUAUUCAAGUUUAAGUUCAAACAGCUCCACUGUCGACAGAGCACUUGCAGAAGAGACACGUUUCAGCACAGUGGUAAACAGUAUGUUCCCCACAACAAGUGAACCAAGCAGUGUACAGAGGCGACGUUCAGUACGUAGCAGCUCAUAUGCUGAAACUACAUUAUCUGCAACAAACAAACGCAACACAAUAAGCAGUGCCAGUGCUGCGUACAGAUUUGGUGAAACAAAUAAACCAACAUUGAAGAGACGACCUCAUAGUGAUGAAGGUGCAAGAAUACAGCUGGCCAAGAGCAAGAAUGACAAUGCUAAAAAUGCACUUAAAAUCACCAAGAAAAGUGCUUGGUGAAUCAUAUACGAUUUUGUUUGUACAAAUUCCUUUAAAGAAAAACACUUUUCAAAUGUAAAAACCUGUGUGCAACAAUUACUAAUCAGGUAGUGUUAUUUAUGUUUAGUGCUAUAGUUGCACAGUUUAUGAUCUUCCUGCUUUUCUUCAUUUGUUUUCAUAUUUUACACUUGUGGCUUCAUCUUCCUCUUUAAUAUGUUGCACUAUUAUUUCUUCAGAUCACCUUUGUAUAUUCUUAUAAUUGACAAAGACUUGAUUUCAGUCUGCCAAGUAAAUAUAGUAAAUACAGUUGAUUUUUAAAUG